UUAUUAUCGAGCACUUGCUGGAACAUUCUAGCUAGCUCAAUCUCCAUAUCCAUUGGCUUGAAUUUUGUUGUUAAUUUAUUGCGCAUGCUUUACUUACGGAGUUCUGCAUUCUAGAUUGCAAAGGUGUUAUAUUUGCAGAAGACGUUUCUCGAGACAUUUUUGAACUUGUCUAUCGAUCGUUGGUUCCGUGUUUGUAUUAUCGAAAGAGCGUGGUAGCACGUAAAGCUUGUGCUUUGUCUUCGAGUUCAUUGGAGAAGUCGGAGAACUCUGGAGCUUCUACUUUGAUACAUUCAAAUCACCUGCCCCUGCCAGAACUCCAGAAGACAAAAUUGAAGCCUUUGAGAGUAAAUUCUCAAACCUUAAUUUAUCAGGAGCGAGCAAAGAUGACGGUGACACCGAAUAUCUCUCUCAACGACGGGAACCUUACUGUUCAUGGGAAAACUCUACUGAAAGGAGUACCAGAGAAUAUUGUGCUGACCCCAGGAUCGGGUGUGGGGCUUGUUGCAGGUUCCUUCAUUGGUGCUACCGCUUCACAUAGCAAAAGCUUGCAUGUCUUCCCUGUUGGUGUCUUAGAGGACAUUCGCUUCAUGUGCUUAUUCCGUUUCAAGCUCUGGUGGAUGACUCAAAGAAUGGGAACUUGUGGGAAGGACGUUCCGUUGGAGACUCAGUUUAUGCUUGUGGAGAGUAAAGGCGCAAGUGAAGGCCAGCAUGAAGAUAGCCCAACUAUUUAUACCGUUUUCCUGCCUCUUCUUGAGGGGCAGUUCCGAGCAGUUCUUCAAGGCAACGAGAGAAAUGAACUCGAGAUAUGCCUUGAAAGUGGGGAUAAUGCAGUAGAAACUAAUCAGGGGCUCUACCUGGUUUAUGUGCAUGCUGGGACAAAUCCCUUUGAAGUUAUCAACCAGGCAGUGAAAGCCGUUGAAAAACAUUUACAAACAUUUCAGCACCGUGAGAAAAAGAAGAUUCCUGAUUUUCUGGAUUGGUUUGGUUGGUGCACAUGGGAUGCUUUCUACACUGAUGUCACAGCUGAAGGUGUAGAAGAUGGAAUCCGAAGCUUAACCGAGGGAGGUACACCACCACGCUUUUUAAUUAUAGACGAUGGAUGGCAACAAAUUGGUAGUGAAGUGAAGGAAAGUUCAGAUUGUGUAGUUCAAGAAGGAGCUCAAUUUGCAAACAGGCUAACUGGAAUCAAAGAGAAUGAAAAAUUCCAAAAGAGCAAUAAACCCAACGAACAAGAAACAGGACUAAAAUCUGUUGUGAAAAAGGCAAAAGAGCAGCAAAAUGUCAAGUAUGUAUACGUAUGGCACGCGCUAGCAGGCUACUGGGGUGGAGUCCAUCCUGCAGGUCCUGGCAUGGAACAUUACGAAACUUCUUUGGCAUACCCUGUACAGUCUCCCGGCAUUCUGGGGAACCAGCCAGAUAUUGUUAUGGACAGUCUUGCUGUCCACGGCCUCGGUUUGGUACACCCAAGGAAGGUUUUCAACUUCUACAAUGAGCUUCACGCCUAUUUGGCUUCCUGUGGAGUAGACGGGGUCAAAGUCGAUGUGCAGAACAUUAUCGAGACUCUUGGUGCUGGCCAUGGCGGCCGAGUUUCUCUAACCCGCAGUUAUCACCAAGCUCUCGAAGCUUCCGUCUCCAGAAAUUUCCCCGACAAUGGAUGCAUUGCUUGCAUGUGUCAUAAUACCGAUGGGAUUUAUAGCGCCAAGCAGACCGCUGUUGUUAGAGCUUCCGAUGACUUCUACCCUCGGGAUCCUGCUUCGCACACCAUCCACAUUUCCUCCGUAGCUUACAACACAGUGUUCUUGGGGGAAUUUAUGCAGCCAGAUUGGGACAUGUUUCAUAGCUUGCAUCCAGCUGCAGACUAUCAUGCCGCGGCUCGUGCUGUUGGAGGCUGUGCUAUUUAUGUUAGCGACAAGCCCGGGAACCACAACUUCGAGCUUCUGAAAAAGUUGGUUCUUCCCGAUGGAUCGAUUCUCAGAGCACAAUUGCCCGGACGACCAACGCUAGACUGUCUCUUCGUCGAUCCAGCAAGAGAUGGAACAAGCUUGCUUAAAGUCUGGAAUGCAAACAAAUGUUCUGGAGUGGUGGGCGUCUUCAAUUGCCAAGGCGCCGGAUGGUGUCGGGUAACUAAAAGAACCCGCAUUCACGAUGCAUCCCCAGGGACACUCACCGGCUCAGUCCAAGCCACUGAUGUUGAUGCGCUGCCUCAAAUUGCUGGAUCGGACUGGACUGGAGACACGGUAGUAUACGCUUAUAGAACAAAGGAUGUUGUUCGGUUGCCAGAAGGAGCUUCUUUGCCCGUCACACUCAAUGUUCUUGAAUACGAGCUCUUCCAUUUUUGCCCUGUGAAGCACGUCACAGACGGCAUUUCCUUUGCGCCUAUUGGCUUGCUGGACAUGUUCAACACCACUGGCGCAGUCGACUACUAUGAAAUCAAGACAACGAAAAAAGAUUCUUCUGACAACAGCAAUGGCAUCGAGCCUGUAAAAGAAAGCAGACAGCCAGUAGCAACGAUCACGAUUAAAGUUAGGGGAUGCGGCCGGUUUGGAGCCUACUGUUCUAAAAAGCCACGGAAAUGCAGUGUGGACUGUAUCAAAACAGCAUUCGACCAUGACUCUGCAUCUGGACUUGUAACUCUCACUCUCCCGACUCCAGGAGAGGAAAUGUACAGAUGGAGCGUCGACCUCGUUGUUUAAGUAAGAUCAAGAUCAAGAAAUCCGAACCCCUCUGUAAGAGGUUUUUGUAUCAGAAUAAGUCUAUAUAUGUAGCCGUUCUAUUUGAAAGAGAAGAAGAGCACACCAAAACAUUCACCAAAUAUCUCGGCAAGAACAGGCGCCAUCGACGAACUUAUGGAAGCGAAUCCGAUCCCUAACAACGAUCUCCCUCCCGUACAACUUGCUGAUAGUUUUUGUCACUUCGUGACAGUCGAUGCAGACUCUAAGAUUCUUCACCACUCGGAUUACAACAGGCGCCUUCGUUUUCAACAAUCCAUAUGCGAUAGCUAAUCGUUCGCUGUGCUCCCAAAGUGCAUCCUGCUUUUCUGCGUCGCUCAUAUUCUGCAAGACGGAUGCAAUCCAAGGCUCGUGCCCAGCUCCUCGAACUCUCUCCGCAACCUCCCGUAAAACCUCUCUAAUGUCCGUUGCAUCAGGGUGCGACCAGUCGCCCAUGGAAAACUCGUGCACGUACCCAUCGAUUUCAAUGGAGCUACACCCGGGCACGGCUUUGACGCCCCUUUCCUUCAUCUGCAUCCUCACCCGACUCAUUUUCACCCAGUCUGACACGGAAGCGUACAUGCUCGAAAUCAGGAUAUAGUUCUCGGCAUUGAGUGGCUCUAGUUGAAGAAGAUACUCGGCGAUGAGCUUGCCUUUUUCUAACAUCUUGUUCCUUUUGCAACUAACCAGCAAGGUACGCCAUAUCGCGGGAUUCGGAGCAACCGGCAUUUGGUUAACGAACUCAUAAGCCUCCUCGACUUGGUCGGCGCGGCAUAACAAAUCCACCAUACAACCAUAAUGCUCCAUGGAUGGUUUGAUCCCGGCUUCCACCAUGCUCGACCAGUACUUCCUCCCUUCUUCGACCAAGCCGCCGUGCGCGCAUGCAGACAACACCCCGAUAAGCGUCACAUGGUCCGGCUCGACCUGAACACAUUCCAAAAACCAUGUAAGAGCAAUUAAACAAGCGCAAAUGCUUUAAAAUCGACAACUUUGUAACCUUGGCUGCUUCCAUUUUUGCAAAAGUCGUCAACGCCUCAUGUCCAAGGCCGUGAAUCGCAAAUCCGACGAUCAUGGAGCUCCAAGCCUUGACAUCUUUUUCCGGAAGGGCCUCGAAAAUGUGGCUGGCCUUUUCGAUGCAGCCGCACUUGGCGUACAUAUUAACCAGAGCUGUGCUCACCUCCAAGUCAUUCUUGAUCCCUUUCUUGUCGACGUAGGUAUGCAGCCAUUUCCCCAAAUCCAAUGCUCCGAUCACGGCGCAGGCCGAUAUCACGCUCGCCAUUGUCAUCUCAUCAGGCUCGACGCCCCUCCUCUGCAUCUCUCUAAACAUCCCCAAAGCUUCGUUCGCCAUUCCUACUCUGGCAUAUCCCCCAAUCAUGGCGCUCCAAGCCACCACAUUCCUCUCGGGCAUUUCGUCGAACACCUUCCGGCCCAUGUCAACCGCCUCGCAUUUGGCGUAGAAGUUGAGCAGCGAAGUCCCGACGAACAGAUUCCCGGCCAAUCCAGAUGCGACGGCGUGUUUAUGCACCUGCCGGCCUUCCUGAAACGCCGCCAGAUUGGAGCAGCACUUGAGCACGGAGGCGAGCGUGAAGGUGUUGGCCGGCGGGAGCUUGUUGCGCACCAAAAUUCUGAAUAAGAGGAUGGGGUGGGGCAGAGAUGGGGCUUGAGAGAGGAAGCCUCGCAUGACGGUGUUGUAGGCGAAUACAGUCGGGGAGGGGAUGUGGGAAAGGAGGGUUGCGGCGUAGCGGAUGUCGCGGUAGGCGGCGAAGCAGAGGACUUUGGAGAGGGAGAAGGAGAGAGGGAGGAGGGGUGAGCGAGUGAGAAUGUGGGCGUGGAUUUGGGUGAGGAGUCUCAUGUUGGGACAUCUUUUGAUAAGCGAAGCUAACCUUUCUUCUUCGUCUUCCCCAGCCAGCUCUAUGAUCUUCUUUCGUCUUGCUCUCUGCAACUGUUCCUUCUUCUUUAAUUAAUUGCUAAUGUAUCAUAUUAAAUCCUAUGUCAAUUUGGCUAUUGUUACAGACGGGAUCAAAGCAUCCAAAAUUUUCUA